UCAUAGAUAUAAAUAGAUAUAUAUAAAUAUAUCCAAGAUCUAGUAUGUCUAUGUUAAGAAACCUUUCAGUACAACUAGUACGCUCUGCUCCUAGAGUUAUGGCAGUUAGACCAGUUCUUGCUGCCCCUAGCUUCAUAAGAUUUAAGUCUGAUUCGACUAUUCCUAUUACAACUGAAAAAGAUAUAAGUUUAACAGCUCAAAUAUAUCCUAUAGAUAAAGAAACUAUAACAGAAGAAGAUGUUGAUGAAUGGUUAGGUUCAUUAAAGACAUUGAAAAGUGGUAAAUCAGUUCCAGAAAGUCCAACUGAAGCAUAUCUUUCACAUUUAUCUAAUCCAGCUCCAUUUUUAAAAGAGAAAUUUGAGCCAACUGAAGAACAAUUAGCUGAAGUUGAAGCAUAUUCUAAUACUAGUAUUCCAAUCUUAACUGAUCCAACCGUUGAAAAUUUAAUAAAUCUUAUAAUGAGACAUGGGAAAAAAGCUAAAGCUCAAAAGAUAGUAUCAAGAGCUCUAUAUAUAAUACAUUUGAAGAUUAGAAAGGAUCCAGUUGAAAUAUUAAAAGAAACUUUAGAUAAAUUAGGACCUUUAGUAACAACCAAGAGUUUUAAAACCGGUACUGCCAAAAGUAGAAUUGUACCAAUUCCUUUAAAUAGACGUCAAAGAAAUAGAUUAGCCAUUACUUGGAUUUUAGAAGGUUCUAGUAAAAAGAAAUCUAAUGAUUUAGCCGUUAGAUUAGCUGAAGAAAUCAUUAGUGCUUAUGAAGGUAAAUCAUCCGGUUAUGAUAAAAAGGCUAAUAUGCAUAAAACUGCCAUGCAACAAAGAGCUUAUAUUCAACUUUAGAUAUUACCCAUAUCUAUCAUAUAGUCAUUAAUUAAAAAUCUUGUAUAUAUAUAAAAACUCAAACAUUUUUGUAGAUGUUCCAGCGCACACCAAAGAAAAAACAAUGGUGGAAUGGGCGCCAAAUUUUAGUUGCAAUAAAUUUGUCUACUGUAUAGGUAAAAAUUAUAUGGGUAGAUCUUUACGGUUGAAUCAUUGACGAUUAUUUACUUGAAGAUGAACUUUUUACAGCAUGCCAUUCAUGAG